AUGUCCUCAGGAACAGCUCAGGGUGGUAGCGGAGGUGGUGCGGCCGGUAGCAGUAGUAGCGGUGGCGGUAGCAGCAGCAACAGCAGCAGCAAGAAACGGCUUGCCACCCUGAACGGCAUCCCGACGACCGUCGACGAUAAGGCGAACGAUUUUCUCUGCCCCAUCUGUUUCGACAUAAUCAGCGAGGCGUACAUAACGCGGUGCGGCCAUACCUUCUGCCACCAGUGUAUCGCGCGUUCGAUCGACGUCGCGAAAAAGUGCCCCAAGUGCAACUAUCCGCUCGCGUCCCACGAGCACAUUGUGCCGAACUUUCUGCUAAACGAGCUCAUCACCAAGCACCGGUUGAAGGCGGGUGUUGGCGGUGGUGGUGGUGGUGGUCUCCUGCAUCGGCACAAAUCCUCCCUGCCCGGUGAAAACUCACCCCAGUUGCAUGCGGGCGGUGUGUGUGGUGGUGGUGACGCGAUGGCCGGCGGUGAAGGCGACACCUUGAAGCACUUUCUGGCGACGGAAUCGAAAAAGCUCUCCCUGUCGGACGUGAACGUGAUGCUGGAGAUACUGACCCAGCGCAAAACGCUGCUGGAAGCGGAAUCGUGUGCGGCACAGAACCGGCUGCUGCACGAAUUUUUAAAGCAUUUACUCAAACAGAAGGAACAGCAGCAGUUACAGAUCGCGAACGAGAUCGCACUGAUCCGGAACGAUCUGCUAGACGUGGAGAAGGUGCUGAAGGAGGUGCAGAGCAGCUGUCCGACGGUGGCGGAGGUUGAGCAGAGUGUGCGGGACGAGAAGGAUGAGAAUGUGGUGGCGAUCAAGCGGGAAAUUAUACAGAUCAUCGAUACGAUCGACAAUAUUGCGGUGCCGUCGAAUCGAUCGCUUAUCGAUGAGACGUGUUCGAGCGUGAGCGAACCGUACGAAGGAUUCAAUCUGCAUGGAGCGAAUCGGCGUGGUCAGGGAUCGAUUGCGGGAGGUGGUUCGCUUGCUUCCACUCCGUCCUCCUUUUUGGCCCGAAAGCAACGAAUGUAUCAACACUUCGAUGACUUUGUGCAGUGCUAUUUUGCGGCACGGAGUGAAGAUCUGUACUUCGGGAAGGAUCGGUCGUGUAGUUCCGAUUCGCUAGGGGUAGGCGAACGAUCUACGUCGAGCGGUGCUAGCAUCGGUACUACGGGUACCGGUCUCGGUGGUGGUAUGGGGGGUGGCAGUUUAAGUAGUGACCGGUUAGCGAUGGGUGCGGCCACAUCGAACGCUUCCAGCCAGUCUAAUCUCGAUAAUAAUACGCGGUCUAGCGGACGCUCGUCGUUGGACACCUUCCGGGAGAGUUUGAUCAAGUUUUCCAAGUACAGUGCGCUGCGGCCACUCGCCACGCUAAACUACUCGAACGAUUCGAACUACGUCUCAACGAUUGUGUCGAGCAUCGAGUUCGACAAGGAUAGUGAGUACUUUGCGAUAGCGGGCGUUACUAAGCGGAUCAAAAUUUUCGACUACUACACCGCCAUCCGGGACGCGGCCGUUGACAUCAACUAUCCGAUCAACGAGAUGACGUGCAAUAGUAAAAUUUCCUGCGUCAUCUGGAACAGCUACUUUAAGCAGGUGUUAGCUUCGAGUGAUUACGAGGGUAUCGUGACGAUUUGGGACGUCCUAACGCGCACACGUACGAAAACGUUCGAGGAGCACGAUAAGCGGUGCUGGUGUGUGGACUUUAACGAGGUCGAUACGCGACUGCUCGCGUCCGGUUCGGAUGAUGCACGGGUAAAGCUGUGGUCGCUAAAUGUGGACCAUUCGGUGGCAACGAUCGAGGCCCGGGCUAACGUGUGCUGCGUCAAGUUCAAUCCCAAAAGUUCCUGCCAUUUAGCGUUCGGGACGGCAGACCACUGUGUGAACUAUUACGAUCUGCGCAAUCUAAAGCAACCGCUCUGCCUGUUUAAAGGGCACCGGAAGGCGGUAUCGUACGUAAAGUUUCUCAACACGGACGAAAUCGUGUCGGCCAGUACAGAUGGGCAGCUGAAGCUGUGGAACAUCAAUUCACCUCCGUUCUGCUUGCGAUCCUUUACGGGUCACAUUAACGAGAAAAAUUUUGCCGGACUAGCGACGAACAAUGAUUAUCUGGCGUGUGGCAGUGAGGACAAUUCGCUCUGCGUGUACUAUAAAGGUCUGUCGAAGCAGCUGUUUAAUCUGAAGUUUUCGAGCACUAGUGGAAGCAGUGGUAGUGGUGGUGGAACUGGGAGUGCCGCCGGUACCGGAAGUAGUAGCGGGAUCGGUAACAGUAGUUCGCGUACGAGCGGCCUCCAGUCGACGGAUAUGGAGCGAAGCAACUCGGAAGGGAAUGAGUUUGUGUCGGCGGUUUGUUGGCGAAAGCAGAGCAAUAUCAUCAUUGCCGGAAACAGUGAGGGAGUAAUUAAGAUACUGGAAAUAGUGUAGAU